GAUCCAAAGCCCAGAUGAUGAAAGGCCCAUUAUUCUUCGGCCCAGUUUAUUCUACUCUACCUUCUUUGCUAACUUCUCCGUCCCGUUUCUUCGGCGAUCUCCUCGCGAUCUCAUUUUCAUAAUCGAGUUGAAUUUAGGGAUCCGAAUAAAUGGCAAGCACGGCAUGUUUUAUGAUUGUAAGUAGGAAUGAUAUCCCUAUCUACGAAGCUGAAGUUGGUACAGCGCCCAAGAAAGAAGAUGCUGCUCACCAGCACCAGUUUAUAUUACAUGCAGCAUUGGAUAUAGUCCAGGACCUUGCAUGGACUACAAGUGCUAUGUUUUUGAAAUCAAUUGACAGAUUCAAUGAUUUGGUGGUGUCUGUUUACGUCACUGCUGGUCAUACGCGAUUAAUGCUGCUUCAUGACUCGCGCAAUGAUGAUGGGAUCAAAAGCUUCUUCCAGGAGGUCCAUGAACUAUAUAUAAAGCAUACUACAGGACUCUUUCAGUGUGUACAGAACCUCUUUGGUACACAUCACUAAGAGUACUGUUGAGGUACUAAGAGGUUGAGAGGUUGGCUAGGAAUGGUUUCAAGCAAGGUAGAGGUAGACCGAAGAAAUAUUGGAGGGAGGUGAUUAGACAUGACAUGGAGCAGCUUCAGCUUCCGAGGACAUGGCCCUAGAUAUGAAGAUGUGGAGGAGGCGAAUUAGGGUAUUAGGAAGGAAUGCGUCCUUACUAGUAGGUAGGAGGUAUUUUUUUUGUUAUCCGUGCUAGUAGUCAUAGUGUUAGUCUUGUUUCAGAGUGUAUUAUCAUUUGUCGUAUUAUUUGUUGAUAGUCUUGUUUAUGUUAUUACUUGGUGUGUUAAUACCAAUUGUUUCUUGUUCCGUUAC